AAAAGAGGGAAAGGAAAAUGGGUUAACAGUAAACACUUAACAGAUAACAAAGCGGAAGAGGAUAGAAAAACUGUGAAAGAAAAGAAGAAUGGUUGGGGCUUCUUCUUUGCAGCCAAGAAUCCUCUCUUCUUUUGUGGGUGAUCGUUUAAUUCAACCAAGACAACCUCUUUCUCUUUUUAAUUACAACCCAGGUCAUAACCAUCUGUCAAUGCAAUUAUCUAGAACACUUUCUGGCUUAACAAAUCUCUUGUUCAAUAGAAGGAGCAAUUUGGAUGAAGUUCCAAACAGCAAGUGCAAAUGUCUGAGACCUGGAGAGUUAUCUCCUCGUCGACCUGUUCCAAAUCAUAUUCAAAGGCCACCUUAUGUCAAAAGACAGAUGGCUCCUGGAAUUGCCAGUGGACCUGAGGUGCAUGAUAUAAAGGGCAUAGAACACAUGAGAGCUUCUGGAAAGCUUGCAGCACAGGUUCUAAAUUAUGCUGGGACCUUAGUGAAGCCGGGCAUAACAACAGAUGAAAUUGACCAAGCCGUUCACCAAAUGAUUAUUGAUAAUGGAGCAUAUCCUUCGCCUCUUGGCUAUGGUGGAUUUCCAAAAAGUGUCUGCACAUCAGUGAAUGAAUGCAUUUGCCAUGGAAUACCAGAUUCUCGUCCACUUGAGGAUGGUGAUAUAAUCAAUAUCGAUGUCACAGUGUAUCUAAAUGGUUAUCAUGGUGAUACAUCAGCAACUUUCUUUUGUGGAGAUGUUGACGAGGAAGCAAGGAACCUUGUGAAGGUAACCAAGGAAUGCCUUGAUAAAGCAAUAUUGAUAUGUGCACCAGGAGUGGAGUUCAAGAAAAUUGGCAAAACUAUUCAUGACCAUGCAGAUAAAUUCCGUUAUGGUGUUGUUCGGCAAUUUGUUGGCCAUGGGGUUGGACGGGUUUUUCAUGCUGAUCCUGUUGUUCUACACUUCAGGAAUAAUGAUAGUGGAUGCAUGGUUUUGAAUCAGACCUUCACUAUUGAACCAAUGCUCACUAUAGGCAGCAUUAAUCCGGUAAUGUGGGAUGAUAACUGGACGGUAGUCACGGAAGAUGGGAGCCUGUCAGCACAGUUUGAGCACACAAUUCUAAUAACCGAAGAUGGGGCCGAAAUUUUGACCCAAUGUGAAGGUUGAAAUUGCAUGUUGCGGCAAUAACCAGGGCAUCCUCCCCUUUGGAAUUGUUAUCAUCCACAUAUGAUUUAAGUCCUUAACCAAAAUUUUUGCACAAGGCACUCCAUUUUUUUAUGUGUUUUAAAAUCUCUGACAUUCAUCCGCAUAAUUUCAUCUUCUACAUGGUACUUUUUGUCUCCCAUUAUGCACUGCAGAUUAAAAAUAAUUUAAUCAUUGCCUUGUAUUUGAGGUUGCAUGAUCUUUUUUUUUUUUCUUCUGUUUAUUCAGAUUAAAACUCUAGCUAAAUACGACUGUAAUUAACCAACUAUUUAUUCUAUUUUAUGAUUUAUCAAUAAAAUCUCCUAGGUGAUUAUAG